CUUAUAUUCAAUUCAAUCUUUGGGCUACGACCUAUUCAUGAAGUGAAAAGUGCAACCCAGGGUUUCUUCCUACGGUGACUGACUACUUCUAAAGCCUUCAGCAAAUCUGAGACCGUAGCAAUAUUCUAUAUAUGGCGGAAACUGCUGGCGAUGUGCCAGCAGCCGUCGACACGGCAGAGAAUCAAGAUGUCAAUAGUGAAGAUUGCCAAGAUCCCACGGUCAAGGAUAUUCAGCCCAGCGGCGAGACGGGCGGCGAUAUAGCGGCGAAGGGGCCCGGCAAACUUACGGGCAGGCUAAGGGAGCCUGAUCCCUGCUCGGAAGACGACUAUGAGGGCAACUUACGAAGGAGCAAGUCUACGGUCAAAAAGCCUUUACGCUGCCAGGUGGAUGGGUGCGGUGUUGACCUGUCACAGGCGCGAAAGUACUUUCAGCGUUACCGCGUAUGCGAGCGGCACUUGAAAGCCCCAACGCUGCAGAUGGAUGGGCGCAACGUGCGCUUUUGUGACCAAUGCUCCAAAUUCCAUGACAUCACCAUGUUUGAGGGCAGUCGGAGGACCUGCAACGAAAAGUUAGAAAGGACCCGGCAAGCCCGCAGCGACAAGCGGCGACAGCAGACCGAGCAGGCGGAACGCGCUGCUUUGCGAACACAGGGGCAGGGAGGGCGCUGGCGGCCGGGGGCGUACGGCAUGCCUGGCCUCAAGCGUCCGUACGGCGAGGAGUUCGACUAUGAGGACUAUGACGAUGAUGAGUUCGACAUGGAGGCCAGGGAGCUCUACCUUGCGAAGCGUGCGCGCAUGAUGCCGCCCUUCGCCCGCCCGCCGCACCACCUGGCCCCGGGGGCGUUGCUGGCCGGCCUGCAGGACCCGCUGG